UCUCAUAGUGUCUCAUUCCUUGCCGAAGAGUGCCGGGAGGAGUCAAGAUGACGGAACAUAAAGAAAAAAGUGCAAGGAAGGGCUCGGAGGGACACGAAGUCAAAUACCAUGGGUUUGGCGUCCGGCACGUACAGAUGAUCUGCAUGUCAUUCUCCAUGAUAGCGCUGUUACUGGCGCGCAGCAGUAUGGGGGUCGCCAUCCUUGCCAUGACAGAUGUUAAACACCACAACGGAUCCACAGCCGAGGUGUAUGAAUGGGACAAAAAGAUCCAGGGUCUGAUCCUAUCAUCGUUCUUCUGGGGCUACAUGUGCAUGCAAGUUCCAGCCGGAGUGUUGGCCAAGAGGUUCGGAGGCAAACCUAUUCUACUGGUAGCACUGCUAGCCAAUGGAUGCUUGACUGGACUCUUCCCCGUGUUAGCUGGUUUGGGUGGUUGGCCAUUGGUGUGCGUAACACGUGUGAUGAUGGGGCUGACGCAGGCGUGUCUGUUCCCGGCCAGUCACACACUCCUCGGCAGGUGGCUGCCCACCAGCGAGAGGACGACUUAUACUGGCAUCGUAUACUCAGGAUCACAAAUAGGCACAAUAAUAGCCAUGCCUCUAUCAGGCUAUCUAUCAGAGACGGCAUUAGGUUGGAAGAUGAUCUUCUAUGUAACUUCUGCCAUCAUGUUCCUGACCGCAGCCAUGUGGUACUGGUUCUCUGCCAGCAGCCCUGGAGAGCACUCCAUGAUGACUGAAGAAGAGAAGAAUUAUAUUGAAAUGGGACUUGAUACUAGUAGUGAGUCAAGACAAAGACAGACUACACCUUGGCGUGAGAUAUUCCGCACUCCAGCUCUGUGGGCGAUCAUGGUGUCCCACGUAGGCGGCAGUAGUGUCUUCAUCUUAUUCUUCGUAGAUCUCCCCACUUACUUGGAAAGGGGCAUGAAUAUUUCACUGAGAAAUAGUGCCACAUUAUCAGCAUUACCGUUUGUGGGUAUGUGGGUGGGUUCGAUUGGCUCGGGUAUCAUCUGCCAGAAGAUUUACAACAAGGGCUGGCUGCCACUGGGAGUUUGUAGGAAAAUAUUCAAUUCAUUAGCCCUAGUCGGAGGAGGCAUCGGUAUAAUAUGCCUCGCGUUCCUGGGUCCUGACCAUAAGAACAUUGUCGUUGGGAUCCUGGUGAUGGUGUUUUUCUUGUUUGGAUUUAUCUCAGCUGGGUUUAUGGUGAACCACUUGGAUCUAUCGCCGCAGUUUGCUGGCGUAUUGCUGUCUCUGACCAAUUUCGCUGGAGGUAUCGGAAGCAUUCUCACUCCAGUAGUCACCAGCUAUAUAUUAAGGAAUGAUCCAUCGGAUAUCAGUCGUUGGAGGAUUGUGUUCUUACUGUUCGCCUCUCUGGGUAUCGGCACCAACCUCAUCUAUGUCAUAUUUGGGAGCUCCGAGCGACAACCCUGGGAUAGUCCUGACUAUAAGGAUAGGAGGAAAGCCGAUCCAGAGGAAAUGGCGCCGGUAUUGGACAAGAAAGUUGAGAAACAGUUGGAAGUUAACAAACAGCAACUAUAGAUAUCUACUUAACCAAUGGAGAUUGAAAAAGUUUACAAACGCAAUUUCUACGCAACUUAAGAUGUUGUUAGUGGACCUGGUGACAAGAAUUUAAUAAAAUAUUAGGUCAUAAUAAGGACAGUUCUGCUCUAUACAGAUCGAAAACGGAACGCCGCUGAAAAAGUCGACAGGUGAUGGUGAAAAAUUCGUUCUAUUUCCAUAAAAUUACGGAAUUAAAUGUUUAUUUCAAGUAAUGAGCUUCAUAGUUGUAAUCAGCUACUUAAGGCCAAUGUUGCACGGAUAGCACGAAAAAAAAAUAACUGCAAAUCGCGGGUUACUCACGUGAAUAUACAGAGAAAAGCUCUACUAGUUUCGAACCACA